CGCUGUCAUAGAUUCUGUUCUCAAUAACCGAUGUCAAGUAUUGUUUGUUUGAGAACAUAGGCUGUGGUUCAAUUAAGAAUUAUGUUAAGUUUCUACACCAGGUUCUUAUACAAAGUUGUAUUAUUGCAUUAGCUAGGAUAUUUACAUUAAAGAGGGAUAGUGUCCCAUCAGGAACAAGAUUUACUAGCUAACGUUAGCUAGCUAACUACGAGAUAAGCUAAGAAAUUGGCUCAGCAUGGACUUGUAUCACGUUUUGGAGAUGAUAGGAGAGGGCUCGUUUGGACGAGUGUAUAAAGGGCGUAAAAAAUUCAGUGGCCUAGUCGUGGCUCUGAAGUUUAUUCCAAAGGUUGGCCGAUCAGAAAAGGAACUGCGUAGUCUAAAAAGAGAAAUUGACAUCAUGAAGGGACUUCAACACCCAAACAUUGUUUUGCUGUUGGACAGCUUUGAGACGGAAAGGGAGGUUGUUGUUGUGACUGAGUAUGCUGAGGGAGAAUUGUUCCAGAUUCUGGAGGAUGAUGGAAACCUUCCAGAAACUCAGGUCCGUGAGAUUGCCUGCCAGUUGGUCUCUGCCUUGUAUUAUUUGCAUUCCCAUCGCAUCCUUCAUCGAGACAUGAAACCGCAGAACAUUCUUUUAGGCAAAGGAGGCGUGGUGAAACUGUGUGAUUUUGGAUUUGCCAGAGCGAUGAGUGUUUCCACCCUGGUUCUGACCUCCAUUAAGGGGACACCUCUAUACAUGUCCCCAGAGCUGGUAGAGGAGAAGCCCUAUGACCACACUGCUGAUCUCUGGUCUCUGGGCUGCAUCCUCUAUGAACUCCACACGGGGGCGCCGCCCUUCUACACCAACUCCAUUUUUCAGCUGGUGCAGCUCAUAGUCAGGGACCCAGUCAAGUGGCCGGACACUAUGAGCCAGACAUGCACGACAUUCUUAAAGGGUUUGUUGACUAAAGAUCCCCAGAAGAGGUUGUCAUGGCCACAUCUCCUAAAACACCCCUUUGUUUCUGAUGGAGUUGUAGUGCUGUCCGACCCUGGUGCGUCCAGCCCUCUGACUGUAAUUCCCAGCCCAGAUGUACAGGCUCUGAAGCUCCAGCAGGCUGCACAGAAAACAGUGCCACGUGGUGGAGAGGGGAGGCUGCUCCGCAAGGCAGGAGAACAGAGAGACAAGUACAAGAGGAACAGACAGGUGGGAAGUGGAAAGGCAGUAGCCACCAGUCAGGUUCCUUCAAGGACAGCGCCUGCAGGAAAGCCCCUGUCCAAAGACAGCCUGUCGCCUCCCUCCCAUUGUUUGCAUCAGGAUUUGUCACAAUCAACUGCCAAUCUGAGCCUGAACCCCAAAAAGUCAGCCUGUGAGGCAUCCGACAACAGGGGUCAGAUUAGUCGGGACUAUGAGCAGGAGUUCCCCUCUGUGGAGGUGGGUCCCCGGCAGGCCCUGAGGCUGCCCCAGUCCGAGAGGAACCUAGAUUGGAGCAGCCUGGGUAUCGUUAGGUUCCACAGCCAGGAUGUGGACAGUGAGGAGGACUGGGAGAGAUUGGUGCAGAAGACAGAUCCAAGGAAGCAGAUGUCCGUGUCCAGCGGAGAAACCAUUAAAAUCAUACAUCGAUUAAAAGAGAAACUGCUGACAUCCAAAGUCCUGCUAUUAGAUGGUGUCCUGGAGGGGGCAUGUCAGAUCCGUCAGCUGCUGAAGGUCCUUUCCAACCUAAUCUUAACCUCUGACACAGAAGACUCCCAUGGCAUGAGACAUGAACUUAAACUACCUAAUUUCCUAUUUAACCUGGUCCAGGAUAUUGUGGGAAAUCCAGUGGUCGUUAAGCAACCAUGGAGUCCAACAGUACUGGGGGAAGUGAUCAUUCUUCUGUUGAAUUACUGGGAGAAGCACGGUGACUGGAAACAUGCAAAGAACAAACUGGAUGAUUACGCCACAUCCUUUUUAGAAAUUCUGCUUUGGCCAGACCCAAACCCUUUAGCUCCGCCAGCAGCGGCUGUUCUGGCUAUUUUCUCCCAUUGUGGAGUCUCUGUUGAACUUAGCGUUGACAGGAUCACUGCCCAACUCAAAAGUCUUGUCUCAGACACAAGUGAGCUAGAUGUGCCCUUACCAGCAGGUUGGGGUAUCUGCGAUGGCCUCUUAUCAUUGCUUCUCCAAGCCCUUACUGAGCAUGUCGCUGCUUUGGAUCCAAGCAUUUUGCGCCUCUUGUGGGUGAAAAUUGGUACUUCAUUGGUGACAACCUCCACCCGAACAGAGUUUUUUUCCUUAAAUGGUCUGUAUGUGUUCCUGUCCCUUGCACUGUUUGUACUUACAAAAGACCCGUACAGCUGUGUUCCCUUGUUCUCUGACAGUGACACCGCCUGUGUUGUCACUCUGGGACACCUGCUCAACACUGAUUGGGAGUGCCUCUUUGUUUGCAGUAUGUCCAGGCCAUCUGAUGGGACAUAUGCCCCGCCCAGGGGCAGUGACUCCAGUCGGAGCAGCUUAUCAGUGUUGAGCUGCCACCUGCUGUGUUUUCCCUUCGCCCUGGACCUGUCUUCAGAGACCAUGGACCGACUGCUCCAGUUGUAUCACAGCUCUGGCAUCGUCUCUGGCCUGCUGCAGCUAAUCCAAUCACUUCCUCCGGCUCUCCUGGAGCUUCCGCUGUCUCUCCUGUGCCGCCUGCUGCUUUGCGACCCGGGCCGCUCUGUCCCCUUCUUCACAGCCGAUGCCAGGGCCCGGGGCUUCUUCUUCCCCCAAGGUGGCGUGGACCCUGAGUGGGGCGGAAGGGAGCAGGCAGGUGAACCCAGGUCUGCGUCCAGGACUGCUAGCUCCCUGCUCUCUGUCCUGCUCCAGUCGGAAGGUGAAGCCCUGUGGGGCUCGGCUGUGGAGCUCCUCACCCUGCUGUCCCAAUCUGCCCGUUGCUCCCCCAGGUCCGGACCAUCCACUCUCUCUCAUCUCAAUCUGGAACCUUCCCUCCUCCACCAGGCCCUGGCUCACCCGGAUGACCGGGUCAGGGCAGCAGCCUGCAGCCUGCUAGGUAACAUGAACCCGUUUGCUCCGCCCACCACCAGCAACCCGCAAAGGAUCCAGCUGAAACCCACACUCCUCCAUGAAAUGACUGCUUGUCUCAGUGACCCGUCCCCUUCUGUACGCAGGACGGCCUGCCGGGCUGCAGGCAAUUGGUUAGGACUCAUUGGGGAGGCGGGGUUUGGAACAGGGAAAGCCAAUUGGACAGAGGCCAGCAGUGCCACUGCGACCGCCAUAGAUGGGAAAAAGAGCAAAGCAGAAAAAACUGUGUUCUCCCAGUCCCUGGUAGGAGGUAGACACGACUCUGUGCUGAAACGACAUGCUGCCGACCGAGAAGACGACUGCGGGUGGGUGGAGGAGGCCAAUGCGGCAACGACCGAGCUCCUCCCCCUUAUAGCGGACCCCGAUGCUCUGACACGCCGCCACUGUUGUGCCGCCAUGGCCAACAUUGCUGCUGUGGAAGGGGGCGUGGCCUCACUUCUGGAGGGAGACGUGCCCCGCCUCCUCCUACAUGCUGCCUGUAACGACUCCCAGCACGCUGUACGACGAGCGGCUGUGGCAACCCUGGGCUUGUACAGCCAACAGGACGCACUACGUCAGGCUCUGCUGUCCCUUGGUGCACGUGAGAAGCUCCGUCAGGCUUCACAGCAUGUUGCGUCUCCACAGUGUGACUACCAUCAGAUCAUCAGCCUGCUAUGAAGACCAGUCCAGUGGGUGAGAGAAUGUGUAUCUCUGUGAUCAGUCUUGUGGAAUCAGCCAGUCUGCCUUUCGCUUUAGUACCGGGAUUUCCUGUGUAAGCUGGAAAGUGGAUGCUCUACCCUACAACUGUCAUCUGGAGAGCAGACAUUAUUUAAUGUCUUUAUUUGGUCAUAAAACUGAAUGUAUAAAGAAUAUAUUUGUUUAGUUCAGGCUGUAUGUUUGGAGUGCCUUUAUUUUGUUUUUAUAGCACUGUGAGGUCUGGACUUGUAGGAUGCAAUUCAAGUUUUUCAAAUGUUUGUAUGUGUGAUAUCUUGGAUUUGAUUAAAACAUUGCAGUUUCUAUCA